AUGACGACAGAUGCAAGACGCCCAGAUGCUGUGAUUAAAAACAGGAUGCCAAAAUACCUCCCUCCGGAACAAGCAUACACACCUACUCAUUCACAACAGAUACUAAGAUCAUCCAGCGACCGCCGGACCAUGUACGAAUUGUUCAGCUGCUUCCGCGGCUUUGGCGCCUCCGAUCCUCGCGACAAGGUCUACGCAUUACUAGGCUUGGCCCAAAUCGAACACGUGCUUGAUCCCCUGUCCGCGGCUCAUUACGGUACAACUUUCACUGUUUUUGAUGUCAUAUGGGACCUUCUUGACGUUGAACUGACUUGCAACAAGAGUCUCCGAUUCCUCGAUGAUUGCUGCGGCAUCGAAAAGCCCGAGGGCUUCCCGUCAUGGAUGCCGCUCUGGGAUCAUCGCGGAUCUCCACCUCCGACUAUUGGCCAGAACCCAAGGGAGCCAUUGGACUACUUUGAAGAGGAGCCACACGUUGUCUUCAGAGCAGGUGGUGAAACCCAUGCAGUUACCAGGAUGAUCAAGGAUACCAAACAGCUCGCUAUCCAAGGUUUGAUAUGUGGUAUUAUUACAGGCACUGGGGAGAUGCUCGAUGCCAACGCGCCUGAUCGGGUCAACCCGGCUGCACAUCGAUUAGCGUCACGGAGAAAGUGGGCAGAAAUGAUAGGGGUAGAUGCCCUUGAGGAGUUCACACAGACACUGAUCGAACUCCAGAUAGCUGGGCAGAUUGCCGGGGAACAAGCAGCAGCUCUGUUCGCACAUUUUUUUUGGGGAGCAGAUCCAGGAGAAAGAAUUCCUGCACAGUCACUUCUUUGA